GGAAGAAGCCUCGGCACAAGGCACUUAUAGGGCCGGGAAUGGGGGUGUCGCCGCCGCCCAGUCAGCUCCGUGUCCACCGAUCCUCCGCCGGUGCCGCGACGACAGCGCGGCACCCCCGCCCAGCCCUCUGUCCACUCCGUGCCCAGAACCGGCCUGCGGAGCCCGGAGCCAGGGCCGCGUCCCCGCCAUGCCGGCCCGAUGGCUGUUGCUCCUGCUGGCGCUGCUGCUACCGCCGCCCAGCCCCGGGAGUUUUGGAAGUGCCAGCACAGUAACACUGCCUGAAACCCUGUUGUUUGUUUCAACCCUGGACGGAAGUUUGCAUGCUGUCAGCAAGAGGACAGGCUCGAUCAAGUGGACUUUAAAAGAAGAUCCAGUCCUGCAGGUCCCAACACACGUGGAAGAGCCUGCUUUCCUCCCAGAUCCCAACGAUGGCAGUCUGUACACACUUGGAGGCAAGAACAACGAAGGCCUGACGAAACUUCCCUUUACCAUCCCAGAAUUGGUUCAGGCAUCUCCAUGCCGAAGUUCAGAUGGAAUCCUCUACAUGGGUAAAAAGCAGGACAUUUGGUAUGUUAUAGAUCUCCUGACUGGAGAGAAGCAGCAGACUUUGUCAUCAACCUUUGCAGAUAGUCUCUGCCCAUCAACUUCUCUACUGUAUCUUGGACGGACAGAAUAUACUAUCACCAUGUAUGACACCAAGACCCGAGAACUUCGUUGGAAUGCCACCUAUUUUGAUUAUGCGGCCUCACUGCCCGAGGAUGAUGUGGACUAUAAGAUGUCCCACUUUGUGUCCAAUGGUGAUGGACUAGUGGUAACUGUGGACAGUGAUUCUGGGGAUGUCUUGUGGAUCCAAAACUAUGCCUCUCCUGUGGUAGCCUUCUAUGUCUGGCAGCGGGAGGGCCUGAGAAAGGUGAUGCACAUCAAUGUCGCUGUGGAGACUCUACGCUACUUGACCUUCAUGUCUGGGGAAGUGGGGCGCAUCACCAAGUGGAAGUAUCCAUUCCCCAAGGAGACAGAGGCCAAGAGCAAGCUGACGCCUACCCUGUACGUUGGGAAGUACUCCACUAGCCUCUAUGCCUCUCCCUCAAUGGUGCACGAGGGGGUUGCUGUAGUGCCACGAGGCAGCACUCUUCCUUUGCUGGAGGGUCCCCAGACAGAUGGUGUCACCAUUGAAGACAAAGGAGAGUGUGUGAUCACCCCCAGCACAGACCUCAAGUUUGACCCUGGACUCAAAGGGAAGAGCAAGCUGAACUACUUGAGGAAUUACUGGCUUCUCAUAGGACACCAUGAAACUCCUCUGUCUGCAUCUACCAAGAUGCUCGAGAGAUUCCCCAACAACCUGCCCAAACAUCGGGAAAAUGUGAUUCCUGCUGAUUCGGAGAAAAGGAGCUUUGAGAAAGUUAUCAACCUGGUUGUUGACCAGACUUCAGAAAACACACCAACCACUGUGUCUCAGGACGUGGAAGAGAAGCUGGUCCAUGCCCCCGCUAAGCCUGAGGCCCCCGUGGACUCCAUGCUUAAGGACAUGGCUACUAUUAUCCUGAGCACCUUCCUGCUGGUUGGAUGGGUGGCCUUCAUCAUCACUUACCCCCUGAGCAUGCAUCAGCAGCGCCAGCUCCAGCACCAACAGUUCCAGAAGGAACUGGAGAAAAUUCAGCUCCUGCAGCAGCAGCAGCUGCCCUUCCACCCGCAUGGAGACCUUACUCAGGACCCUGAGUUCCUGGAUUCAUCUGGCCUCUUCUCAGAGAGCUCAGGCACCAGCAGCUCCAGCCCGUCCCCCAGAGCCUCCAACCACUCACUCCACUCCAGCAGCUCUGCCCUCAAGACUGGCACUAACCCCUCCCUGGAGCAGGAUGAUGAGGAUGAGGAAACUAGAAUGGUGAUUGUUGGGAAAAUUUCAUUCUGCCCCAAAGAUGUUCUGGGCCAUGGAGCUGAGGGCACAAUUGUAUACAAAGGCAUGUUUGACAACCGUGAUGUGGCGGUGAAGAGGAUCCUCCCUGAGUGUUUUAGCUUUGCAGACCGUGAGGUCCAGCUGCUUCGAGAAUCAGAUGAGCAUCCAAACGUGAUCCGCUACUUUUGCACAGAGAAGGACCGACAGUUCCAAUACAUUGCCAUUGAAUUGUGUGCAGCCACUCUGCAAGAGUAUGUGGAGCAGAAGGACUUUGCCCACCUUGGCCUAGAGCCCAUCACCUUGCUUCAGCAGACCACCUCAGGCCUGGCACACCUGCACUCUCUCAACAUAGUUCACAGAGACCUGAAACCCCACAACAUUCUCCUCUCCAUGCCCAAUGCACAUGGCAAGAUCAAGGCCAUGAUCUCUGACUUUGGCCUCUGCAAGAAGCUGGCAGUGGGUAGGCACAGUUUCAGCCGUCGUUCAGGGGUACCUGGCACUGAAGGCUGGAUCGCCCCAGAGAUGUUGAGUGAAGACUGCAAGGAGAACCCUACCUACACAGUGGACAUCUUCUCUGCAGGCUGUGUUUUUUACUAUGUCAUCUCUGAGGGCAACCAUCCUUUCGGCAAGUCCUUGCAGCGGCAGGCCAACAUCCUUCUGGGCGCCUGCAGCCUUGACUGCUUCCACUCAGACAAGCACGAGGAUGUCAUUGCUCGUGAAUUGAUAGAGAAAAUGAUUGCAAUGGAUCCCCAGCAGCGACCCUCUGCAAAGCAUGUGCUAAAACACCCAUUCUUCUGGAGCCUGGAAAAGCAGCUGCAGUUCUUUCAGGAUGUGAGUGACCGAAUAGAAAAGGAGUCCUUGGAUGGCCCGAUAGUAAGGCAGUUGGAGAGAGGAGGGAGAGCUGUGGUGAAGAUGGACUGGCGGGAGAACAUCACUGUCCCCUUGCAGACAGAUCUGCGAAAAUUCAGAACCUACAAAGGUGGCUCCGUCAGGGAUCUCCUCCGAGCCAUGAGAAAUAAGAAACACCACUACCGAGAGCUCCCCGUGGAGGUUCAGGAGACGCUGGGCUCCAUCCCUGAUGACUUUGUGCGCUAUUUCACAUCACGCUUCCCCUACCUCCUCUCACACACCUACCGAGCCAUGGAGCUGUGCAGGCAUGAGAGACUCUUCCAGACCUACUACUUGCACGAGCCCACAGAACCCCAGUGACUCCAGACGCGCUCUGAGCUAGGGCAGCCCCUCUAGUCUGGUGGCCCAACAGUGACCAUGGGCCCAACUUCUGCAUUUCAUAGCUUGCUACCCCUGGGAUUAGCAGGAAGACUAAGCUUCUCAAACCAAGUGCCUUGAGCUGCUACCCUGCAGCCAGAAGAGGACAGUGCUGAUCCUAGGAAGCAGGAGAGGUGGCCCUUCAUGACUACAGACAGCUGAAGCCAUGUGGCCCUGAAGCCUUGUAGUCGGGGUUGUGUACAAAGGUGGGCCUGUCCCAGAGGCUGCAAAAGGAGCAGCACCAACGUUCCCUGGAUGAGCUUGCUUCCCUUUCACUGGAUGAACUCUCUUCCACUUACAUUUCUUUCUAAAAUUCCUGUGGGGAGGCACUUUGGGGGCCUUUCAGUGAGGGAGUAGAGGAAUCCUGUUUUGCCUGCAUGCUAGGAGCAGCCUGGCUGGGGUACAGCAAGUGCACCCUCUGCUAGAAAUGGUUUGAGAAACACAGCGUGCUAAGGAAGAGGGCGAUCAGAGGUGUUGUCCUGGAGACAGGAGGCUCCUCCACGUUACUGGUAGCCUGUGUUGCCUUGUGCAGCAAGUUGUAAAUGUGGGCAUGGAGUUAGAGACUGGUUAGCCAUGCAUCUGGACAGCUGAGGUAUAUCUGUGGGAAAGGAGGAUGAAGAGGAGGUCAGUUCUGGGUAUGGUGCUGGCCCAGCACAAGUGGCCUAAAUAGUAGCCCCUGAUAGACUGAAUCCUGGCCAUGUGAGCCAGAGAUGAAGAGUUCCCUAGCCAGGAAGGCUGCUAAGACCAGACAGGGACAGAGACAGGUAUUCGGGGCCAAGGGUCACUUGGAGGGCUCAGAACCAGAAGGAGAGUGAUAGGGCCCUUCUGCCUCAGAGGAUAGCGAUGAGCUUACACAUGGUGAGCAAAGCCCUGGGGUAGAGAACCAAGGCCAGGGCCACCGCACGCUUUUUAGGCCAGAUUUUCUGUUUCUGGCAAAUUUUAAUGAGUGUAUUUUGAUCGUAUUGCAGAAAGCUGCAUUUGCUCAAGUAAGUUAAAUGUAGCUUGAUGCUUGUGAAAAAGAAAUGCAAGAUAUAUCUUCUAUUUUGUGUAAUACCAAAAAUCGCCAUUCCCUCAAGAAUGCAGAACAUUGUCUAAUGUGAAAGAGUAAGGCAUUCUAGCAACACUACGUAAAUGUGUUCCUGUCAAAGUAAUUAUGUCAGUACCAGUUUUCUCUAAAAUUAAUUUUAACUUUAGUUCCAGUCAGAAUUUACUGUCUUCUCCCUCCCAAGACCUUAGAGGUUAGAAUGCAGUCAGGGGGAAGAUUUUGUGUGGGCUCCCUAGAGUUAGUGAGGUCUCUACUGUGCAGUCCUGAUGAGCUGAGGCUCCAUUCUGCUCUGUGCUGAGAGUAGCCUCGGCAGCUUCUGCACUGACUGGAGCUGUUGCUGCUGCAUCCCCGAGAGGUCUUCUGGAGGGCUGGUACCAGGGCCACUUACCCAAAGCUUCCUCUGCUGCUGUAGAAUCUGAUUCCCUUACUUUCAUAGUGGCUAAAGUGAACUUUUUCUUAAUCUCUUACAUCUUUGAUCCUCAUGGGUGACCCUGUUUAGACCUUGGGACCUCAGUCCCGUAGUUGGCUUCCUGCUCAUCACUGUGCCAGGGGGUGCAAGAGGGAACAGCCCAAGACCAAUGCAGGAGGUGGAAGCCGUGCAGUCUAACCAGUGCCUGGGGACUGCUGCUUACCCUGUUCCUCACAGCUAAGCUUCCCUUUGGGAAGUGCUGAAGGCUUUUGUAAAAGCCAGCUUGGUAUUACCUCCCAGUUUGCCUGGGGUCAGCUUCUCAAAAGUCCUUGCCACUUAGCAGAUCAGUUCCUAGCCAAUCAAAUUUCCAAAAGUCCUCUAUUGAUCAUACUUAUUUGAAACUUUCUGUAGAGCUAGGUGGGACAUGAGACACUUGGGACACAGAUGACAGCACAGAAAGACUUGUGCCUUAAAGCCUCGUGAGAGUCAUUAGCACACAAGCAUCAGGGCAGAAAGGAAACUCAAGUGGGUAGGAAGGAUGUAUAUUUGGGGUUUGCCCCACUUGUGCCUUAAAACUGUCCAUCUCAGAACCAGUCAGCUUGUGGUCAGCUCGCCUCUGUGUGUCCUCUAGGAACAAGGCAGUUGUUAGCUCUCUGGGUGUCACGAAAACACUGGGCAUCUGGGGUGCUCAGCAAGAGAUGCUGUCUGCCUUCAGGCCCGGGCAGCUCUGUGCAUUGUAGCAUCUUGAGAGGCUGCUGGGAUCCCUGGAAGACUGCCCAGCACCUUCAGCUUUAGGAUGGAAUCGAGCUGUGGGAUGUUAUCUUUGUUAAAACCUUGUCUUGUGUUGAGAUUUAAGUUUAGGAAAUGUGCCGAGUCAUUAAGCACCAAAGCACUUGCACUUUUGGGAACAUAGGUAUCACUGGGCCAUCUAGAGACUGACGUGAACCUCUGCAGAGUUGUCCCCUGCUCUCAGUAAAGCAGUAACUGUAGGCUCUUCCCGUGAUGCAUUACAGAGAAGGUGGAGGUCUGGGGUCAGCAGACGCAGCCAAGUGCUCUCUACCCAACAUGGGAUGAGAGGCUGCUCAGACUCCACUUGAUUUUAUGGAGGACUUGUGCACAUGUAAUUCAGUCAGCUGCUGCUGUGACCCAUCUGCAGAGUCACCUCUGGCUGCAAGCUCUCCUGUGCUGGUCACUUGCUUGUCAUCUGCAGGGCUUUGGUCCUGUGUGACGUUCUGCAGGUCCCACCCUCCAGCUCUGCCAGGAUUCUUCCAUCUGCUUCUGGCUCUGUUCCUUGUUCAUUGUCUUCAUCAUCCAGAGGUGCAGAAAGAGCAAGCAACAGCUGCCCUCUGAAAUCCCUCUUCAUGUUUCUCUGUGAUUGCUUCUCCAACAGCUCUAUCCUUACCCAUCACUCACAUCUGGAAGCCAGGGUGUUGGCCACCAGGGGUCUGCUUCCCCUGAAGGUUAUCAGACCUCCAACUGAGGUCUGAAUUCUUUGAAGCCAAAGUGCCUGCUCUCUUCCCUAUUCUUGGUUUUCAUUAUAAACUAGUGAUUGGCCUUCCAUGUGUAAUUCUGGUUGCUUUGGGCACUUAGGUCUCUUAUGUUGUUUCUAGAAAGACACAGAGGCUGUGUCAUCUGUGCUGAGCCUCCCUCUGGAGCAGCCUUAGCUACACUGCUUGCCAGAGUCCUGUGGCCUCAUGUCUCCUGUUGCCCAUGUGUUUGGUGGGUAUAGUAUUCCUUCCCAGUGUCCCUAAAACUGUGAUGGGGAGUCCCCACUCACCUACUCACCUAAGCAUUACCAGCCAGCUAUGUGGCGUCCCCAUACAAGGACCUUGUGUAGUUCUUUUUGCAACGACCUAUUUAUUGAAUCUAUUUAUAUUUAUUUAAUUUUUACUCUGAAGUUAUCUGGUUACAAUUGCACUUGCUUAAAGCACAUCAGAUCUGUUUUGAAUACCCUGACCAUUUUAAAACUGGAAAAGGAAAGUCACACUGUAUCCUGCCACCUUAUGGUAGCCUUAUCUGUAAAGGGUAAAUAGUUUGGUCUGGGUAAAAUGUUAAUUUUUAGACGAUUUUUUUAAAAUCAUGUGCCAUGUGUCUUCUCUGUGGACAGGUAAUUGUUUAAUUGAUAUGUGCUGAUUGUAUGAUUCACUCCUCUUCAUGGAAACUAAAAUAUUCUUUUUAGCUUUAUAUUUUAUAAACUGCCAGAUUGUACAACUUUUAUGUGUAUUUUUUAAAGCUCAUGAUAUGAGGGCCGUUAUCUAAGGUAAACGGCCUAUUUUUGUACCUCUUGUACAGUUUUAUAAUUCUGCUCAUUGAUGAAGGUGAUUUAUGCUGAGCCAACCACAAAUAAAGGUAGUUUUAGAUUUGGGA